GCAUUGAAGGGAGCCUAGCCCUUAGCUCACCGCUGCUUGAGCCAUUUACAGCAAAGCCAUCCGGACGUCGAUUUCUGCGCGCCGACGUGCCGACGUGCCGAUCAACUCCAUCUAUUUUUGAACAGGGCCCCGUUUCGUGAGCUUCUUCGUUUUGGGGUGGGCAUCAGCCUUUUCAUGAUCUCCGAGCUGGAGAACUUCAGUGAAAGCUACGGACUUUCUUUGGUGCAUGGGAUUGCCUCAGGAGUGCAGAACCCCCACGGGGAGUCUUCGCAGUGAGCCCGGCGUUCGAUUGCAGGAUGUUGCGACUCAGGGGCGACCCGAAGGGCUUUGUGACGAUUUUCAGCGCGAUUGCCCCACGACUUUCGAUUUUCAAGGAAUGACCACAGAGCUGCGCGUCUCCGUCCCUGUCCCCGUCCCCGCCACGGCCGGCACGAUGAAGACCGCCACAGAAAGCUGCAUCAAACGCAGCAACUGGCGCUGGUCAGACUUGGAAGAUCAGGAUGAAGAUCAGGACUCCGACAUCCUCUGGCUGCACUACACCAGCGCGGCCAGCGUGGAGAACGCCAACAAUGCCACCGCCGCCAACGCCGCCGGGGGUUGGGCUUGGGAUGCGGCCUCGGCCACCAAUUCGGACCUGCCAGAAGAGCCCACGGACCGACGUGGUGCCAACUACCCUGCAUCGGAGCCGCCCCGGAUGCGCGGCAGCAACAAGUUUGGUCCACGCACGCGGGAGGCGAAACCGGAUCGACAGAACCGUCAUAUGCGACACCACACCAAGAAGGAGGUUCACCUUCCUCCACGGCCCACGGUGCGUCACCAGCCCUUGAGGUCCACCACACGAGAACACGAGAGGCAUCUCCAGGAGGUGGAGCGAGAUCAUUUGCCCACGCGCUUUCACAGAGAAGAUCAAAGACAAGCGCUAAGCAAAGAAAUGCAAGAGAGUGCUCAGCAGAUGUACCAGGGUUGGGGCAGCCAGAAGCGCAUGUCCACAGUGCUGGCUGCCAUGGAGGAACUUCCAAAGCGAGUGGGUGAAGAUAUGCACAAGUUGGCCAGUCAUGUCGUUGACAGCGUGCAGAGCGAGAUCAACGAAGUCUCCACAGUGAUCCGUGGGGAAUCGCAGCAAAGCACCGAAACCACCAAAGCCAUGAAGCACUUGGAGGUGAUUCCCACCAUGGUUCUGAACCUGCUGGAGUCCCGCAUGGAAAAAGCCAAAGCACAGGUCCGUGAGAAAGUAGGAGGCAUGAUCCAACAGCUGAGCGCCAUCCAUGAAGAAGACGCGCAUGAAGGUGGCGAAGUGCUAGCAGAACAGAUGCAGGACAUGUCCAGCGAAGUGGCCAAGAUUGCGGGCGACGCGGUGGAAGCCGCGGCACAGGAAUGUCGCGCGCACGCCACGCAACAACUGGACAUUGCUUUGGCGUCCCUGCGGGAGCCGUUAGGGCCUCCAGGGCCAGCAAAGACGGUCGAGGAGGAUGAGGAGGCUGCCAUCAAGUGGCAGAAAGUUUGCAAGAUCCGCAAUGCGGUGGAGGAUGAUUUGCUGCUUCAAAAGAAUGUGGAUUCCAUCUUCCCAGCAGCCACGCACAAUGCGAUGGAAACAGCCUUGGAAGUGAUCAAGGACAAAGAUUUCAUGCCCCACAGCGUCACCAACGAGGUGGUCGCGGACCAACUGCUGCGCGCCAAGGUCCGCGGCCGUGGCGAUGUCCGCGCGCCCUCCUCGGUCGGCACCGGCGGGCUGCGGGAGGCGCGAGAGAGCACGGUGCCGCGGAACCCGGGUAGCCUUGGACACCCAGAUCUUUGUCCCAGGCCCUGCAUCUACUAUCGCUCCGGCACCUGCACCAGCGGUGCGGAUUGUACGUUCUGCCACCUCUCGCAUUCGCGACGCCCCCUGCGCUUGGACAAGCGGCACCGAGAGGCCUUGAAACGUAUGCCAUUCAGAAAAUUGCUCAAUGUGGUGGUGCCCAUUUUGGCGUCAAAGGUGGCCGCCCUGGCCGAGGAGAAGUUGAGUUCCCUGUGUGAAGUGGCCGUAGAAGCCGAUGCCAACACGGAACAGGAAUGUGGCUCCCCGGUGGCGGAGCCAGCGGAGCCGGACCAGCCGGACGGCCUCGAGGCGGCGAUUGCGGUUGCGGCCGUGGACACGGAGCUUGCCGCGACGGACACGGCGGUGAACAUGGCGGAGAUCAAAAUGGAUGUGCUGCAGAUUUUGGAGCAGCUGGCGCGAAACGCCGGCCUGAUGUUUGUGGACGUGGCCCGGCCUGGCUCCGCUACGGCCACCUCCUCUCGGCUGGCGGCGUCCACCUGUUCCACCGGGUCCAGUAGCUCUGACCAGGACAGUGGACGCGAUAAGAAGGUCUGGCUCAGGGCAUUACAGGUGAUGAACCUCCGAUCACUGUUGGUCAUGAUUCGGCGCCUGGCGCGGGACGCUGGCAACGCUGAGGACCUGCGCCUCUUGGAGCAGAUCAUCGGGAGGAUCCAAAGCGCCUUCGGAAGGUCCGCACCUGAUUUCGAGGAGGACGAACCGGACAGGUUCGAGGCCGUGAAGGAAGAAGAACCGCUGGGCGUGGCCCAAGAGGCUUCCCCACCGGUGCAGCCCCAGGUGUUACAGCUGCGCUUAUCGCAGUUGGUGUCGUAGCCAUCAGGUGGCCACCAGGUGGCCCUGGCUUCGUGAAAUUUUGCGAAAGUCACAGGAUGUACCCUCUGGUAAUUUAACAGUUUG